AUGCAUCGAAAAACUCGCUUUGUCUGCGUCUCUGAUACCCAUGGCUACACGCCCUCCGAGGCAGGGUUUAAACUGCCGGCAGGCGAUGUACUGAUACACGCGGGUGAUUUGACUAACAAGGGAAGCAUGUCCGAGCUGCGCAGGACGAUGGAUUGGAUCUCUAAUGCCGACUUUGAAAUCAAGAUCAUUGUGGCUGGAAACCACGACGUCUCGCUGGAUUCGGAAAUCUAUGCCCAACAUGGCCGAGCCUUCCACGGCCCACGACUCGAAGAUCCCCAACAGUGCAUCGAGACCAUCACGAGGCAUGCGCCCUCGGUCGUGCUACUUCGACACCAGGCCGCGGUGAUCCGCUUGACCCGAGCAAAUGGACCACGCACGGCAUUCAAGGUGUUUGGGUCUCCGCACCUGGGCCUUUGGAUACGAAACGUGCGACGCCGCGGCGCUUUGGAGCCAGAUCCCCCCGACGCAGAUCUCAUCGUAACCCACACGCCACCGCGGUCUCACUGCGACAAGAAACCGGACGGAACGUCCGUCGGGUGCGACGCGCUUCGCCAGACGCUGAGCCGCAUUAGGCCGCCGUUGGCCAUUUGCGGCCAUGUGCAUGAAGGACGAGGCUACGAAAGAGUCGGAUGGCGUGGGAGUGUUAUAGAGACGGGGUGUUGUGCUCCUGCUGACGUCGAUGCGGACCGAGUCAUGAAGGGCACCCUGCCGCCUCGGGAAAGCAAGAAGAUAAACCUCAUCGACCUGACGGGCAAACGGGGAGACCGACUGGACAACCGGGGAUUUGCGUGUGGUAAUGCUGAUGCCGUGCUGCAGACUAGGGCCGUGUCUAAGACCGAGGCUGCGCCGUUGCCAUUACCGGAAGUCGAGUCAGCUGCAGGCACUGUGCCUGACCAGGGCUAUCGGGAGAACGGCCUCGCGACGCCGACGCCAAGCGCGGAUAUUCACAUCGGCGGUCAUUUGCUUUCGCUUAGAAAGGAGACUUGCAUCAUUAAUGCCGCUGUCAUGGCGACUAGUUGGCCGCAUCGGGGAGGCAAGCUGUUCAAUGCGCCGAUUGUGGUGGAUAUUGAGCUUCCAGUUCACCACGAGGUGUGA